GCGCGUUUCCUGCUCGUUUUUGUUUCCCUUGUGUGGUUACACCUACCGUCUUUAAGGCUCUCUAUGCCACUUGACUAAUUCAGGUAGCACGUCCAAAGACGAGGACUGGCCAAAGGACACUAAUGAGACGCGCUCUUCAUAUAAACAGCGCUUCGCUGUAAACGACACUAAUAUUUGAGCUUUAUUUUGGAUGAAGAGCAUUCCUUGAGCAUCGCUACUCCCGAUCGUCUUCGUGAACCACGCCAUCCAUCGUCUAUACCGUUUCGGCUGUAAGGACAAAAUUUAAAAAAAAAAAAAAAAAAAAAAAAACACCAGAGGAUGUCGGCGCCGGCUAAAAUAAGUUUUACAGUACGAAGCAUACUGGAUCUUCCAGAACAAGAGUCUGAAUCUACCCAGAGCCAUUCACCCGAAAGCUAUUCCAGUUUAACCUAUGCUGAAUGGCUAGAGGUAGAGAGAAGCCACUGCUUGUCAUCUGAUGAAAGCGGCUCGGAAACCUUACCAGACUCAACUCAAAGAUCGGAUGCUUCUCCCGGGACAGACACAGAGGAAAAGAAAAAGAAGAGACGCGUGCUUUUUUCCAAAGCGCAAACCUUCGAAUUGGAGAGGCGCUUCAGACAACAACGCUACUUGUCCGCUCCUGAAAGAGAGCAACUGGCUCACGUCCUCAGUUUAACGCCAACGCAGGUCAAAAUAUGGUUUCAGAACCACAGGUACAAGAUGAAGAGGGCGAGAACGGAGGGCCAAGCAGAUGUACAGCAGCAGUCUUCCAUGCUGAGGAGGGUGGUGGUACCAGUUCUGGUCAGAGACGGGAAACCUUGUCACACGUGUGUCAUCAGUCCGGUGCAGUUCCAGGAGAAGUCCGGGUGCGGUGUGCCGUCAGCUGCCUCCUCUUCGCCUUUCGCUCUGCACAGCUAUCACCCCUUGCAGCACCCGCUCUUUGGCACCUACCAGCACUUAGCGCAUCCCAAUGCGAGCAGACAUCACUGGACUUGGUGACUGUCAAACUUUUGCGCUUGAACUACAAAUAAAAAGACUUGGAGGAUCAUUUCCGUGGUCCUGAUGUUUACUUACUUUCAGUCGAUUACUGCUUCCUUCCUUGGUCUGAUCCAAAAUUAGACACCCUGAAUAAGAACAUUGGAUCC